CCCGACUCGGGGCUCUCCUUGGUCGGGGUAGGCCGCCGCGUCCAGAACUCUCGCCGGGGGUCACCAUCAUGGCGGGCUGUGCCUGCGGGUUCGUGCGCGCAGUGCUCGCCUUCCUGCUGGCGCCCGCGCUGGUGACUCUGCUGGUGGCACCGGCGCGAGGCCGGGGCGGCCGGGGCCACGGGGACUGGGGCGCCGCCGAGCUGCUGCCGCCGCUGCCGCCCCGGGAGGAUGCGGCCCUCGUGGCCCGCUUCGUGACAAACGUCUGUGACUGGGGCGCACUGGCCACCAUCUCAACGCAGGAGGGGGUGCGCGGCAGGCCCUUUGCCGACGUCUUAUCGCUCAGCGACGGGCCCCCGGGCAAGGGCAGCGGCGUGCCCUACUUCUACCUGAGCCCGCUGCAGCAAUCGGUGGGCAACCUGCAGGAGAAUCCAUAUGCUACGUUGACCAUGUCUUUGGCAGAGACUAGUUUCUGCAGGAAAUACGGAUUUGAUCCCCAGAGUCCCCUCUGUGCUCACAUAAUACUAUCAGGAACUGUUAUCAAGGUGAGUGAAACAGAAAUGGACGUUGCAAAGAAUUCAUUAUUCAUUCGACACCCUGAGAUGAAAACCUGGCCAUCCAGCCAUAAUUGGUUCUUCGCUAAGUUGAAUAUAACCAAUAUUUGGGUCCUGGACUACUUUGGUGGACCAAAAAUAGUGACACCUGCAGAAUAUUAUAACGCCACAUUUCAGUGAAGCAGCAUAUGGCGAAUUUAACCUCAUGCAUGAAAUUUCUUAGGAAGUUUCACAGUGAUUUGAAGCACUUAUUGUUUUUCUAUGGGAAGUUUGCCAGAAGAUUAGCCAGUUUUCUUUCUUUGCUUGCUUGCUAACAGAAUUGAGUUGGAUUAUUACUGGAUUUCUUGGAAGAUGAGAUUGUUGGAGAUAUAUAUAUAUAUAUAUAUAUAUAUAUAUUUUUUUUUAAUAUUUUGAAGCCAUUUUCAUAGAGAUGUGUCUUUAUGAUCAACGAUUUAUUCCAUUAAUUUCAAAUAGUUUGCCAACAGUGCUCCUUGAAGAGGAACAGUUACCAGUUUCAGAUUGACCAUUGGUAUUUGAAAGUACUCAAGUAUGUGUUCUUAAUUCCUGAAAUCCACUGUGCUGGGGAGAGGGUCACGCCCCCACAGCUGCUGCCUGAGUCUGUAUUAAGGGCUGCUAUUACAAUGCACCUGAAUAAAUCUUGCCAAGACAAACAAACAAUGAUGAAACACAAAUGGAGCAUCCCACUCAUGGUCCACUUAUGUUUGACAGUCCUGGGUGUUGUUAAUCCAACACAAGGCAAAACUAUCUUAUACAGAACUUAAAAAAACAAAAAAAAAUUCUUCAAGUCUAAAGUGAUAAAUAUCUAGAACAAAGGAUCAUAAAACUUCCUUAAUCUGACUUAAUAAAGGAAGUUCAUAAAAUUUUCUGAAUUUGACUUCCUCAGCUAAGUGGACACUGUGUGAUUAGUUUCUUCCUCUCAAAAUACAUACACACAAGCACACCUUUUUUUUUUUUUUUUGUCCCAAAAGGGGAUUAUGAAAGAAAAAAGAAAGGGGGGCAUUUUAUGUGUAAGUUAUUUCUGGUGUUCUUUUAUAACAUUUCUUAAUGUCAACCCAGACAUGGACCAGGUUCAACCAGAGCCAAAAUCCAUCUUCCAACUCUCAAUAAUGGCCUAAGCCUUUUUCAACUUCUUCAAAUGUCUAAGUGGCUUCUAAUGCUGUUACUGCCUAAAUCAGGUCAUCAGAGGGAGGGCAACACGGUUUUUAAAAAUCACAUUUCUUCAGAAGGGAAGAAACUGUGCUUUUAUUACCUAUAUACAUGAUUUUAGAAGACUCUAUGAGAUCCUUUAUAAGAGGUGUGUCUGGAAUCAAGCAACUGGAUCCUUAAAUGGCUAAGAGAAAGGAAGUUGAAUAUGAGUUUGAAACUACAAAAUGAACUUAACCUGAAAUCCAGCAAACAGCUUCUCUUUAAGAAAAAUGAUGUGUCUUAAACUUGGUGGAGGAGGUUUCUUACUCAAAGCAUUAAUAAUAAAAAGCAUUAUUUUCAUGAAA